UGUCACCGCGAAAAGGGGCCGGGCGGGGACAGCAGCUCCCUCCGCGUGAGAGGGGGAAACGGAGCCGGCUCUUGCUGCUCCCAGAGGCCCGGUCCCGCCGGCAGCUGAAGCCAUGAACGAAGCAGAGCUGAUCGAGGCCUUCAAAGCCCAGAUGAGGGAGGAUCCCGACGUGGCCUCGGCCGUGGCCGCCAUCCGCACGCUGCUGGAGUUCCUGAAGAGAGACAAAGGUGAGACCAUUCAGGGUUUGAGAGUAAAUCUCAAAAAUGCCAUUGAAACUCUAUCUGGUGUUGACUCUUCGGUGGCAGUCUCUUCAGGGGGAGAGCUCUUCCUAAGGUUUAUCAGUCUCACCUCACUGGAGUACUCGGACUAUUCAAAAUGUAAAGAAAUCAUGAUUGAACGAGGGGAACUUUUCCUUAGGAGAAUCUCUCUUUCAAGAAACAAAAUUGCAAAACUCUGCCAUACGUUUAUCAAAGAUGGUGCUCGAAUAUUAACGCAUGCCUAUUCGAGAGUGGUCCUCAGAGUGUUAGAGGCAGCUGCUGCAUCAAAGAAGCGUUUCAGUGUUUAUAUUACUGAAUCACAGCCCGAUCAAGCAGGGCAAAAAAUGGCAAAGGCCCUUAGCAAGCUCAACGUUCCUGUGACUGUGAUUCUAGAUGCUGCAGUUGGCUACAUCAUGGAGAAAGUGAACCUAGUAAUAGUUGGUGCUGAAGGCGUGGUUGAAAGUGGAGGAAUUAUUAACAAGAUUGGUACAAAUCAAAUGGCUGUGUGUGCCAAAGCUCAGAAUAAACCGUUUUAUGUGGUAGCAGAAAGCUUCAAGUUUGUAAGACUCUUCCCUCUGAAUCAACAGGAUGUCCCAGAUAAAUUUAAGUACAAAGCAGACACCCUGAAAACAAACCGAAGUCUAACUGAGGAGCACCCCUGGAUUGACUACACCUCACCAUCACUAAUUACAUUGCUGUUUACAGACCUAGGUGUGUUAACUCCAUCAGCUGUCAGCGAUGAACUUAUUAAACUUUAUCUGUAAUGAAGCAGAUUCACUGCACGUUAUGCUCUGUUGUUCAAUGACCAUCCCUUCACAGUUACAGAGUU